CGGGUGGUCUUCAGGGAGUGAGGCGCUGUGUGCGGUAAUCAAGGUCUGAGUGAGGGUGACAAGAUACGUACCUGGUGCAUGAAGAGAGGUCGGCUAUGGAGUUGACAGUCAUGUACAUUGAUCUUCGAGUGUCAAAGGGAAAUGCUGUGAGGGUAGUCGUUCCUUGGUGUACUUGUCGACUGCCCAUGUGAGCAAUAUCUUCGUGAUGAGUCGAAGCUCUCGAAAAGAGGACAGGGAGCGAGUCAGACCAAAGGGCUUGUCAGAGCACUCAUGGAGUCUCAGCUAAGGAGGAGAAGGAGAGGCCUUGUGUAACGUGCACUUUGCGGCCUAUUCGGCAUCGAAAGUACCAGCUACUGCCAGUCACCAGUUCAUGGGACCGACCAUUUGUGACACCGUCCAUAUCCUGAUGAACCAUCAUCGUCAUUGACUCUUUCUCUCAUCUUCACUCUAUAGUUUGCAGCUUCUCUUUGAUUUCCUUUCUCAUUGGCAUCUGCUCUGUCAUAACGCUGUCCCUGCCUCCAAUUCAUGACUCCAAAUUCUACAGAGCUGGUAGUCUAUUCUCCAGGCAUAGACUGCUACCUCCCCUUGCAUAAUGAUGACGGACUUGUUUCUCCAAUCAAGCGAUCUCUCAGAAGAACUCCGAUGCCAGGUGGCUUCAUGAUGGUGUGGGCAACUGCCCUUGUUCUCUCUUCCUCAGGUUCACCUGCUUCUGCUCGUAUGGACGGUGCUUCACCCUAGAGAGGAAGAGUCUCUCGCUCCCUUUUCCUCUCGUCGGUUGGCCUCCACUGCCUCCCCCUUUGUUGUUUUGCUUUCGAUUUCUGAAUGGUGCGUGGCUCACCACUGAAGAAGAAAAUGAUGUCAUCUCCGCCCUUCCUCAACGAUGUGCGGCCUGAACCACUACCGCAUUCGCGUGCAGCUCCGGCAGGGGAGUCCACAGCGCACAUUACUGCUAUCAUGGAAGGAUGGCCUAUAGGCAGGCGGAUAAGCUUGCGGGAGCACUACAACUAUGAAGGGUUGUCCACCACUCUCCGUCAUAUGUUCGAGUUUAUGAUCCCAGCUGAACAGCGCUACUGGAUCCGCCCUGGCUGCCACCCUCCUUGCAACAGUCUAAAUGCUCUCCCUGGGCAUGUGAUUGCAUACGAAGAUGCUGAUGGCGAUCUUAUGCUUGCUGGCGACAUCCCCUGGGAGCAUUUUGUGACAACAGCAAAGAGGAUAAAGAUUGUGCAGACAUCUCAGUAUUUUGGAAGAGGGCCAGGUUACCCUUGAGGCGGAAAGGAUGAUAUUGUCGAAGAAGUAAUUUAGUAUUGUUCAAAGCUGGUUGCAUUUGCACCAGCCUGGCUGACGCUAUCCUUGGGCAUGGGCUCAUCCGGUUUGCAUCUCUUCAACCAGACUAUUGAGUAUGGUUCUACCAAUCUCACGCAUUGGCGUGUGUGGUGUAAAUGGGUUGUAUGCUGUUCUAUUAAGGAGUGUAUGUUCUUCGAGCAGAUAAAGAUACGGAACGGUUGUGGCCAGGUAGUGAUUUACAAUCUCUGCCUGAGGUUGGGGUAUGCGAUGCCCUGGUGUUGGAGUGUGGCGGGUCCUUCAGUUCAGGCUAUGGCUGUUCUAAUGGCUCUUGAUCGUCACGAUCAUUCUAGGCUAUGGAAGUGCCCUGGUGUUCGAGUGUGGCGGGUCCUUCAGUUCAGGUGUGGUGCGGAUGUGCUGGGACUGUCAGUGGUUGAGGUUGGCCAUAGGAUGGUGGAAAGAGAUGAAGAGCUUUUUCUGUUCAUAGACUGUGUGCAGGUGUUGUCGCUCUCACGGAGCUCAGCUAUUGAACAAUAUCAGGAGUUUUGAUGGAUUUGGGUAUCCGUUCUUCUUGUCUAAGAGGUUUUGGAGCACUCCAGCGAAAGACUGUAAGUGGGGAUUGGCAUUUGAGAGCCGCUCAGGUGUAGAUGCGGAACAACCUUGGUUGGUGCCUACGUGAUAGUGGCACAUGUGGUGGAGAUCUCCGACAGUGGGAUGUAUGGGAGAAGACUGUCUGAUAUGUGAGCUUCUCGGGAGGGAUUGGAUGUCGUUGGUUGAGGCUGGGCAGAAGGUGGUGGGAAAAGAUUAUCUUUGCAGUGAUAGAUAGUCAGCAGGUGUUGUAACGUCCUUGGAGCUCGGCAGUUUAAUACCACAGACGUGUUAGGGUCCCGAUCGCAUUGGUUAUUGCGCACCAGGUCGUGGGCCUUUGUGAGGAAUGGAUGGAGGAACAUUGAACACCAGAGACGUCUAAGGGUUCUAGUUGCAGUUGUGAUUGUGCGACAGUGGUGGACUAUUAUGAGGAGUAGGUGAAGGCUUCAUCUGGGAGAUCCUUUGGCGUGAAAGUGAUGUGUGCGAUUUACCGGGGUGUAUUGCCGUCUGCUUGAUGACGGGGAGGAUGGAGAAGCUUUCCAGAGGGGUUGGCAGAUUGUGUCAUUGAAAUCUGAGAGCUGGGGUGUUUUGGUGAAUCUGGGAGUUGGUAGUCGAUUUGGUUUGCGGUUUCAGUUGUCGGGCCAUUGUGCACCCCACCCCAGCUUGGGAAUAGACAUUUGUCAGAGCUCCUAGAUAUAGUAGAGGCAAGCGAAGCGUCCAGCUUGGGAAUAGACAUUUCUCAGACGAUUUCUGACCAUUUCUAUCAAUAGUGUGGACUUUACAUGUCCUACCAGUUUUGCAGAUGCGGGAUGAAUUCAGGUCUUCGGGCCAUUGUACACCGGAGAGCUUUUCUUCUAAUUUUAAUUAUUUCUUGGAGAGUUUAGAAGACUUCGGAAGGUGUGACGGAGCAGUACAUCGGGGGAAGGAUGGUGGCCAGUAACCGGGUCUUUGUGAAGCGGUAGAAAUUGUGUGAAAACAUGUAGUGAGGUUGCUGGCCACGUAGGGAAAUAGCUAAGAGCCGACCUACGCUCGAAAGGAGUAGGAUCUCUGCAGCAUUCUGCAGAGAAAAGAAGUAAACAGUAUCUCAUCGAAUUUGAUUCCUUGGUCCAUUUUCAUUUUAUUACUUUUUCUUGUUUUUCCUGUCCCUAGGGUGGAAUGUGGCGUGGAAUUUGCCGCAGAGAGGGACACACUUUCUGACUACCUGCAGAUUGGCACUUCCUAUCUUAAAACCUCCUUUACCUUCAACUCCUUCAGAGGUGUGCCCUGUUGUGACUGGGGAGACGUCUUCGUCAGCAUAAAUGUUUAGCAUGACUACCAUGCCGCCGCAUACUCUUGUGUCAACGUGUUUACCUUGCACAAGCGGUUCCAGUCUGAUCUCCACUUUUCCUUUCCGCGCUCCCUCCCCCUGCCAUUUUCUCUCUCGUUAGCGGACAUAGGCUCAGACUCCUCAGAGCACUCUAUGUCUGACUCAGCCAUUUGUGUGCACCUCAGAUCCGGCAACGCUUUGCUAAGGAGAUGGAACACUGGUUGCAGGAAUUUUGAGGUUAAUUAGAGUGUUGGAAGGGGUGUACUCAGUUAUACCCUGCAACUUGUAAUAGGUUCACAACAAGCUUCUUGCGAAGCAUCUGUCAGAUGUGUGGGCACAUGCAAUAGAUCACAAGUGCAGCGCUCGAUCGUUGAACCACAUAGUUGUCUGCAUUUAAGGGAUGCGAUUGACUGAGGCGGUUUCUACAAGUGAGUUCUUCUCCUCUUCUAAGUGCCUGUGGUGGUCGAUACGAAUCUCCAUGUGCAGCAACUCUAUUUAGAGGAUAUAGGGGCGAAUGAAGUGUGUUCCAAAGCUGAUUCAGGGCCAACUCUGUGCAGAGGAUAGGAGCGAAUGAAGUGCGUGCCGAAGUUGAUUCAGGGCCAGGGCCACAGUAGUCGAUGGUUCUCUGUGAGUGGGAUGGCCUCAGCGCUUCUAAGUAAGCUCAUCAUAUGUCAUGAGUAGCCUCAUGGCAGAUUUGAGUAACAUACAUUGGUGGUGGAGGUUAAAUUCUCUGUCGAAGCGAAGCACAAGGUGCCAGCAUAAAUGAAGUGCUCCUUAUUGG